GGGGUUGUUAUCGGUACCGGCGUCUCGCCGCAGAAGAGGAUAGCGAAGCUGAAUGCGGCGAGGGAUGCGCUUCAGAAGAUGUCGGAGAUGGAGGCGGAUUUGAGCUCCAUCUAGGAGCAACAAACAAGGAGAGAAAUAGAAAUCGAUAACUGGAGUGUGGCUAUGGCGACGACGAUGACGCUGCUUCGAAGCCUUCCGUUUGGAUCCUCUCUCCCGCUCAAAUCCCUCUCAGAUCUUCGCUCGAUCCCCAGGAAUCUCUCCCCUUCCAUGGCUGCCAGCAUGGAGGCGACGUCCGAGCAAAUCGAAGAGAAGACGACGAGGAAGAAGGUCUUUGUCGCCGGAUCGACAGGCAGGACCGGGAGGAGGAUAGUGGAGCAGCUGCUCUCGCGUGGGUACGGCGUGCGCGCCGGCGCGCUGGACUUGGAUAAAGCGAGGGGCAGCCUUCCUAAGGAUUCCAAUGUGGAGUUUGUCAGGGCCGAUGUGACCGGAGGCUCAGAGCAGCUAGCCGAAGCAAUUGGUGAUGCCGAUGCAGUGAUUUGUGCAACAGGGUUUCGUUAUUCUUGGGAUAUCUUUGCUCCCUGGAAGGUUGACAACUUUGGCACGGUCAAUCUAGUGGAAGCUUGUCGGAAAAUAGGGGUUAAUAGAUUCAUCCUUGUCAGUUCCAUUUUAGUCAAUGGAGCUGCGAUGGGCCAAGUCCUUAAUCCAGCUUAUAUUGUACUAAAUGUAUUUGGACUGACUUUGAUAGCGAAACUCCAAGCAGAACAAUACAUCCGACGAUCUGGAAUAAACUACACGAUCAUAAGGCCAGGAGGGUUGAGGGACGAACCUUCAUCUGGUAACAUCGUUAUGGAACCAGAGGAUACGCUUUAUGAAGGUUCGAUCUCCAGAGAGCAGGUUGCUGAAGUUGCUGUAGAAGCACUGUUCUGUCCUGACGCCUUCUUCAAAGUGGUGGAGAUCGUCGCCCGAGCUGAAUCCCCAAAGCGAUCUUUAAAAGAUCAGUUCAGUGCAAUUAGACAGAAAUGACAAAUACUUGUAAGGUAAUGUGUAAAUGGGGUUAUUCUAUCCACACUAUAUAUUUGCUCCUAUUCAGCCUUGUCGGUUCAUUAGUGUCUUCGUUUAAAGUAUUUAUCCACGUUCUUGCCUUAUAGUUUGUACCCCAAAACUCCAAAAGCAAGAAGAAAGCUUUUGACAUAUUGAGAUAAUUGAUUCAUGAAUCUAUAUAUUGAUUUUGACAAGAUACAGUGAAACUAUUGCUUCAUUUGUGAACUUUGAUUUCA